CGCGGGGAACAUGGCGGCGGCGGAGCCCUCGGUGGCCGCGCUGGCGGGCGGCGGUGUGGGCGCGGGGGCGCCGUCGGGCGGCGUGCCGGUGCUCUUCUGCUUCUCGGUGUUCGCGCGGCCCGCGUCGGUGCCCCACGGCGCGGGCUACGACGUGCUCAUCCAGAAGUUCCUGAGCCUGUACGGCGAUCAGCUCGACAUGCACCGCAAAUUCGUGGUGCAGCUCUUCGCCGAGGAGUGGGGUCAGUACGUGGACCUGCCCAAGGGCUUCGCGGUGAGCGAGCGCUGCAAGCUGCGCCUGGUGCCGCUGCAGAUCCAGCUUACGACCCUGGGAAAUCUCACACCUCCGAGCACUGUGUUUUUCUGCUGUGACAUGCAGGAAAGGUUCCGUCCAGCCAUCAAAUACUUUGGGGACAUCAUUAGUGUGGGACAGAGACUGUUGCAAGGAGCUCGGAUCUUAGGGAUUCCAGUUAUCAUAACGGAACAAUACCCCAAAGGACUUGGCAGCACCGUUCAAGAAAUCGACUUAACAGGUGUGAAACUGGUUCUUCCAAAGACCAAGUUUUCUAUGGUGUUACCUGAAGUCGAAGCAGCGUUAGCCGAGAUUCCUGGCGUCCGGAGUGUCGUGUUGUUUGGAGUAGAAACGCACGUGUGUAUCCAGCAAACUGCCCUGGAGCUGGUCGGCCGAGGCAUCGAGGUUCACAUCGUCGCGGACGCCACCUCCUCGAGAAGCAUGAUGGACAGGAUGUUUGCUCUUGAGCGUCUUGCCCGCACUGGGAUCAUCGUGACCACUAGUGAGGCUGUCCUCCUACAGCUGGUGGCUGACAAAGACCACCCGAAGUUCAAGGAAAUUCAGAACCUAAUUAAGGCGAGUGCCCCGGAGUCGGGUCUGCUUUCUAAAGUGUAGGAGACUUGAAGGAUCAGGGUCCUCCUUCCCUCCAGGCGAUGAGACUGCAAACCACACAAGCCCUUGUCUCCACUAGAACUACUAUGUCAAGUCAACAGCUCCUUCUUUGCGGCUCUUAGUAACCCUUACCUGGCUAGACCGUUGUGUACAAGUGUUUAGUUCCAAUGUCGAGGCUUCAGGUGCUGCUUCUCUUCUUCUUAACGAGCUUUUAGUUAUUAAGACAAAUUACCAUGGAGGUGCCUGUCUCGUCUAUACUGCAUACUCUGACCAUAUCUUUCCAAAGUGCACCCUCUGGUGAAGUAUUCUUAAAUUGUGCACUUUAAUGGGAGAAAAACAAAAAAAAACAAACAAACAAACAAAAAAACCCACGUACCACAAUGAUUUGACCUUUCUUUUGUUGUGAAGCAUCCCUUGUCAUGUCAGUGUAUACCCAGUGAUUUUGCUUCUCAGGCUGACUGGCCAAUGACUCCUGGGUGAGAAUUGAGAACCAGGACUCUGGCUCGUGUAUCUCCUCCUCUCUCAGUGUUGGAGUCGCUGACUGAGUGAGGUGCAUUGGCUUAAGGAGCGCAAAUUAUCUUCAAUAUUGUGUAUCUGUCUUGAUUGCAUUAAUUUUCUUAUUCCUGUUACGGUCUUUGUGGAUGCUCUUCCUAUGGAUAACAGUCUAUGUUAACAUUUUUCUUCCACUGAAUGUUUUCCUUGCUCCUUGGUUAUUUUAAACUUGUAAACAGAUGGGAGUGGUUUGCAGUGCUGGGUCAUUGACAGAGGUUUGCCCAAACAUACAGUCUUUUUGAGUGCAUCUUUUACUAUACACAGGAAUUGGUGGAGAAAGAAACACUAGGUAAAAUGUACCCAUAUUCCCCUCCAAACAUUGUUAUGGCUGACAUCAUCAACCAGACUCAUAGGGGUAAUACUGUGGUCAUUGUUAACCAAUCAAUAAACUUAUUUCCAUUUCAUACUGAUAAUUACUCAAACAUCUUUUUAAUGUCUGUUGUGAUAUGUGGAACUAUGUGGAACAUUACUCUCUUUGUAUAAAAUUAAAGAAAAUGUAUAAUGUGGGUGAAAUUGUUUUGUUUUCCAUGACUCCAUGAAUAUUAGUCAAUGAAUUGUAAUGAGUUCUCAAAGGUAACAGAUUUGCUGUUUGUUUAAAAUCAUUGGAACCUUCAAAGGAGGGGAAUCCUCUGCAGGCCCAGACUGAUAGCGUUCCUGCAGGGUUUUCCUGUUAGCACUGUAGAAAUGUGUUCUGUUAUUUGAGCCUUGGUAAGGCACCAUUGCCUAGUGUUCUUCUUGGUGUGCUCAGUUGUUCUCAGCCUCUGGGCUGUGACCACAGAUAUAUCACAUAUCAGAUAUAUCACAUAUCAGAUAUAUCACAUAUCAGAUAUUUGCAUUAAAAUUCAUGACAGUAGCAAAAUUACAGUUAUGAAGUAGCAACAAAAAUAAUUUUAUGGCUAGGGAGUCACCACAAAUGAGGAACGGAAUUAAAGGGUUGCAGCAUUAGGAAGGUUGAGAGCUGCUGCCUAGAAGAUGAGUCCAGAAAGAAGCAUCAUAUUGUUAUCCACGUUUUAAAAUAAUUUCUAAUAAAUGUAAGCUAGUGUUUUUCAAACUUUUAUUAUCUGGAGUGCUUGCUAAAAUACUGAGUUUAGCUUCUUCCUCUCCCUUCGU